UAAACUCUCUCAAUCAGUUGUGAACAAGAAAGGCACAGGAGAGACGGCUCAGCUGGAGAUUGCCAUUCAUCAACCUUUUGCAUGUGCAUCAAACAACUUUGACUUCUUAUCACAAAGGUCGUGGGCUCGUGGAAAUGAUUGGAUCCUUGAACAAACGUAUCCAGGACAGUCUUGCAGAGCGAAGAAGCCGCAGGACCAGACUAGUGACCAAAGAUGGUCGCUGCAACAUUGAAUAUGGAAACGUCAAGUACAGCAACCACUUUGCCUUCCUGGCUGAUUUCUGGACGACUUUUGUGGAGAUCCGGUGGCGCUUUGUUCUCUUCUUCUUCAUCGCCUCGUUCACCCUCAGCUGGUUCAUUUUUGGCCUGCUAUGGUACUGGAUUGCACGCAGUAAUGGAGACCUGACAUGGCAAAACCCACCAGUAGACCACACUCCAUGUAUCGAUAAUGUUGUAGGACUCACCACGGCGUUCCUCUACUCCCUUGAAACCCAGACAACUAUUGGGUAUGGUGGGCGAGCACUCACCCCUUUCUGCCCAGGUGCUGUGGCCCUCAUCAUCAUUCAGUCCCUCCUUGGAGCAAUUAUCAACUGUUUCAUGUGUGGAAUCAUCCUGUCCAAAAUCUCUUUGCCCAAAAAGAGGGCAAAGACCAUCACAUUUAGUGACAUGGCUGUAAUCAGCCCCAAAAACGGUUCGCUCUCCCUGUCAAUCAGAGUGGCCAACCUGCGAAAGACCCUGAUGAUAGGAAGCCAGAUCUACGGCAAGCUGCUAAGAACGACAAACACUCCAGACGGGGAGACGAUCAUCAUGGACCAGGUGAACAUUGACUUCAUGGUGGACGCUGGGAAGGACAACCUCUUCUUCAUAUGUCCUCUCACACUCUACCACAUCAUCGACAAGAGCAGCCCCUUUUUCGAGAUGGCAGUGGACACACUCCACAAGCAAGAGUUUGAGCUGGUCGUCUUCCUGGAUGGCACAGCAGAGUCCACCAGCUCCUCCUGCCAAGUGCGGACCUCGUUUAUUCCUCAGGAAAUCAUGUGGGGCUACAACUUCUUGCCCAUCAUCUCCAGAAGCAAGGAGGGCAAGUACAGAGUAGAUUUCUCCAACUUCUCCAAGGUGGUGCCCGUAGCUACAGCACAUUGCGCCUACUGUUUCCACAACAUCAAGGGUCAUCAUCACCACUCCAAAGAUGGAAAUGACAACCAGGGCUUUGAGGUGAUUGAUAUCAAUGAAUCCCCGAAUGUCACCAAGAUGUGAGACGUGUGGAGACAUGUGGAGACAUGUGGAGACAAUGACUAGCAACAAACUUUAGAAACUGAGGCUGGUUGAGGCAUGUAUGUCUCAAAGACAAACUCCCAAAGACUCCAAAGGACAAACAGGGUUUCCCCUUCAGGCAGGUGGGGUGACCUAAUGGCAGACAGUGCAUUGUGCAGCAUUUAAAUAUGAAGUAAAGCAAACCUACUUAUUUGUUAUUCUUUUGUGUUUAACAGAGAUAAGAAAGCAGUCUGUUGGCUAGGACAAUUAUUGUGAAGUAUUUGUAUGUAAAACCACACCUGCCACUGUCUACUUGAUUGACUGACCAAAAACCUGUUUUCAAAAGGGAGGCCAGGUCAUGCAAGAUGGUGAAGCUACAAUUCAAAAACAGGCAAAAAACCCCCCCAAAAAUCUGUUUGAAUAUACCUUCAGCCUUGCACAUCAGGUUUACUGAGUAUGGAGAGGCAAAAAUAAAAAAUAAAUAAAUAAAAAAUUGUCCUGUACAUAAAUCUUGCAAUUACUUGAAGGACCAGUGAUUGGGGGGCAUACUAUUGUCAUGGAUGAUAAAAAGACAAAGUGGUUCAAUAAUUCAUGCUACUGUAGGCUGUCGUACACAAAGAGACACUCAGACUUGAGUCAUUACAGUGUUUUAACUAUUCAGACACAGAGGCACUAUAGCAAAGGAUUGGGCUCAGGGGCCAGUCUUUUUAAACAGUGGGUGACGUAAUUGUGGUUUUCUUUUUGAGUGAAGACAUUGUGAAAGAACAAAGCAGUAAGGAAACACUUAAAAUAUGGUUGCAUUCAGUGCUGACUAUAGCAUGAAAAUCAAAUCUGUUUGUAAAGUCUCAGGGGAAAAAUACACUGAAAUAAAGGCUAUUUUUGCAUUUAAAAAAAUGUCUGCACUGCAUUAUUAUUAUUAUUGUUAUUUGGUGUCUAACGAAGCUGGAACUUCAUAGGAGGACUGUUCUCAAAAAGGUCAGGGCAACAUAAUGACAGGUGCCAACCCUUAUCACGGCUUAUCAUCUAUAAACAAAGCGAAGUUGUGACAGCAAACAGGGGCCUAAACACAACAGAGUGGUAGUGUUUGGAAGAUGAGAGCUGUUGCUUAUUGCCCACUAUUUUGCCUGCAGAUUCUGAACAUGAAACCAGAACUCUCCAUUUAGAGAAAUAACAGCACAUACUGUAUGCUAGCAUGGAGCUUUGACAGGUUUUGUUAAGGCGGACCUCCCACUACGCCCUCUCUAAUGAACUGCAUAUGCUGAGAGUCCUCUGUGUGUGUCUGCACCCGGGGAUGUUGCUGUAGCUAACCACACAGCAAUAGGCAAAGCCAGGGUAAAAGAUUAUGAAUAUUGACAAAUAUGUGAAAUUACUAAGUAGCAUAAAGAUGAUAAAUGCUUCACAGGCAUAUUUUAAUUAUAAAGAAACAAGCCCACCUCUGUCUUGAUGGCUAUUCACUGUGCCUUCUAUUUGUGUUUUCAUGCUUCUAUAUGCAAAAUAAAAGGGCACUUUGCAAGGCUGUAGCUGUCAUCUGACACAGACGCCAUGUAUACACACUGGUUGUUCAAUUACCAACACCUGUCAUUUCAAGCUGUGUUCAAAAAGAGAAUUAAAUGAUGCAACCGACAAUUAACUUAUUAGCAUGUUUGUAUGAAGGCAAAUACUGAGUAGACCUACCUGUAAAGUGAUUUUACACCUCAUGCUUAUAUGUAGCCCAUCUGCGUGCAUGUGUAGUUAACAUUGAAUGACAUUCAGUCGGGAUUUGACAUUUACAUCAGAACAGAAGGAAUUGGAGGUCGCGGUGGUAGAUGGGUGUAUACAUGGCAUGGGUUUCAGGAUCUGUGCCAGUCUAUCGUCAGUAUUGACACCUUUACUAUUUAGAAAUGACACAAUCAUUCCCUGAACUUAUCCAAGUGGUGCCAGUUGUCUGAAGGGAUAUCAUCAAGUGGUAACUGGUAAACUAAUUUGAUUGGUCAAAUGAUGGUUGAUCUAUUGAUGAUCUCACAAGAUAAGAAAGAGCAGGUCUGUAAUGGUUAAGGUAAAACUAAAAAUCUUUUUUUUUUUUUUUUUCUAGACAGCGCCUCCA